GUCACUGCUUUGACUUAUUACCUGAUAUCCCGCAUGCCACAUUUUGUACACAAAGUACCAAGCAAUAGAAUGCCGGUCGAAAACCUCGUCACGCUGUUCAGCCCCGAGCUGAUUCGUCACGUAGCCAGCUUUAUGCAUCCCAACUAUGUAGCGACUGCCUUCAAGCUCAGCUGCAAAGAUGUCGCCCAGGCAGUGCGGGAGCAAUUCACGACCAUCCAGCUGCGUGGCGAGCCGCGCGCGCUUCAGUCGUUUCGGUUUGGUUCAAUUAUAAUCGCACUAGCGGAGCAGCCCUGGCCCGGAGCCGCCUUCGUGGCGCAUUGGGGCCGCCCCGAGCCCUGGCGGCCCCUCAACCGCCGCGAGCGCCACCGGCUGCUGUGCCUGGCCGCGUCCAGCCACCACGAACCCAGCCUGGACGCGGCCCUGGCGCACUGCGGGACGGUCAUACAGGCAGACGCUCUAGCGUCCGCCAUCGCUGCCGGUGACCUGGCGGCGUGCCGGCGGCUGCACGAGAGCGAGGGCUACGACAUGGAGCCUGAGCUCGCCGCGGCAGCAGCUGGCGUUGCCGGCAGCCUGCCCGUGUGCAAAUGGCUUGUUGAGACAGUUACUUCCGCUAUCUUCACGAUCUUGCCAGAGCUCUGCUACGCCAGGCAUUCAGAUGCGGUGGAGUUGGCGCUUAGGCAGGCGGACGUAUCACAGCGGCCUGGCUGUAAGCGCAGACUCCUGGGGGCCGCCGCGGCGGCGGGGCGGGUGGAGCUGCUGCGGCAGCUGGCGACGCGCUUUCCCCUGAGCCUAAAAGAUGAAGACGGCAGGCCCACUGUGCUGUCGCAUGUGGCGUCCGGCUGCCCGCUGGAGGUGCUACAGCAAUACUACGAGCGCUGGGGCAGUCGAUUGCUGUGGACAGCUGGGCAGAGGCGGCAGCUCCUGAUGGCGGCGGCGGCCAGCCCCACGCCCGACUGGGCCGCCAAAUGCGAGUGGCUGUGGGCUCAGUGGGGUGGGGCGGCCGCGGGCUUGGGCGCAGGCCUUGGCCACGUCGAGGGUAUCGACGAGCGGGUGUCCAACAUUAUGAGGCGCCCCGACUUUCCGCAGCGGCUGCAGCUGCUGGCGUCUUACCGCCUGCGGGACAUGAUAGAUAGGUAUGCGCCUGAGGCGGCCGGCACCAUUGGCAGCACUGCCGCGGUGGAGUUCUGUCUCGACCAGCUGCCUGCUCUGCUGCGGCAGCAGGCGGUGCCGGCCGCUGGCGGUGGGCCGGCGGCUGCAGCGGGCGUACCGGCGCCGCAGCAACAGCCGCCACUGCAGUGGCGGCUGGUGGUGCCACCUCUGAUCCCCAUCGCAGCAGUGGCAUUCGAGCGCGGUCACGUGCCUGUGCUGCGGCUGCUGCGAGAGCGCGGCCACGUCUUCCCGGCGCCUCGCGACCUUGCGGCGGUGCUGGCAGUGUCUUGCAGAAACGUACGCAGCCGCAAUGAGGACCUAGCACGGACCAACAUGCUGAGGUCUCUGCGCUACCUGCUCCUGGAGGAGCCCGGCGCUGUGCAGCAGGGCGGUGCUGAUAAGGACUGGUCGUCCCUGUUUCAAAACGCAGCAAGGAGUGGUGCUGACCUGCCACUGCUGCAGCACCUGCACGAGCAGCGCGGCGGCGCCAUCGACCUGGUGGCAGUGGCGGAGGGCGGCAGCGAGGAGGCGCUGGAGUGGGCGGUGGCGGCGCUGACCGCAGCUGCUGGGGAGGCGCCGGAGCCGCUGUCCUGCAGCGCGUUCCGGCAGGUGUUGCGCGGCGGCAACUGGGCGGCGGCGGACUGGCUGGUGCGCUACGGCCUGGUGGCGACGUCCAGGCAGGAGCUGGUCGAGAGCCUGGUGUUUGAGGAUGCACGUAGUGGGACUGCCGUAAUAGCGGAGCUGCAGUGGGCUGUGGGUAUGGGCGGCGGGCAAGGCCAGCAGGAGCAGGUGCAGUGGACGCCUGGGCUGCAUGCAGCUCUCAGGGAGCUGCUCGCCAGGUGCAGGAGGUACGGAAACAAGAAUGCCCCCGCGCGCAUAGACUGGCUGGCGGAGCUGGUCGCCGCGGCCGAGGAGGUGGUGGGCGGGGCGCCGGCCGAGGGCGCCGGCGGUGUCGCCGAGGGCGUGUAGUCCUGGUGGGUCGGCGUGAUGUUGUGUGAUGUGAUGGGACGUUCUGUUCAUGUGCCAUUUAUGAAGUGCCGUGAAGCGUGUGUUUGCGAGGAGCAGCUGCGCGAAUGGAUGGACAUGUGACUGUUGCGGGUAAAGCGCCCAAGGCGCAACGCUGUUACCACACACGCAAGCCGAGUACCAUAUAUACCAGCCUAACGCGGGCGGUGCCUGUACGAACUGUCCUGGUCAUGUCCGGGAGGUGAGGUACCGUACUUUUGGAACCUUCAGCCUCAGACGGGCGAGUAGUGGACGCAGCCCACGUUCUGGGAGACACUUUUCUUGUUGCGAGGAAUAUUUGGGAAUCUUGUGUGCCGGUAUGAUGUAUAGAUUUGGGUCUUAACGACACCGCUUGGUCCAGGAGAAGUGUUUACGACAUUGGCUGCCGGCGUCUGGCUAGACAGGGCUGCUGCUGCGGGGCUGCGGGCCCCCCUACCUGGCUGGACCGGCAUUCAGGGCGUCAGUGUGAGUUUGAUUGACAGCCGGCUUUGCUUUUGUCACGCAUGUUGUGAUGUGGUGUGGAGGCGGGUUCGUUAGUGAUGCACGGUAAGGACACGUACCCUACAGUUGGCCGAACCCCAAGCUGUUCUGUUAGACGAUUUGACCAGGCUAGUUGCGCUACGUGGUGGCACUGUCAGCUCGUAGUAACCGCACUACCGGCAGUUAUGGUUGCAGCAGUUGUGGCGACCUGUACGACCUCAGCGUGAAGAUUACGGCAUUGCAGCUGCUAUGAAACGGGCUUCACUCGCGAGACUGGGAAUCUGCUGAGCCUGUGCAGACUGCAGAGCCUGUGCAGAGUGAGCAUACGUGGCUUGGUCGUGAUGGUUGUAACCGACCAGCCGA